AUGCUGAAAUUCCCUCUCCGUUUUCCAGGUCUUUCUUUUGACAUCCUGCACCGCAGUAUGGCAUCGAGUAGCUAUAUGAAAGCGGUGAUGCUGCUAUUAGCGGUGCAGCUCCUGUCUUUUAGGACAUGUUUUGGCGAGCAGGAGACAGGGACGGUAAUUCCUGCCGAAAGUAAGUGGUUUUAUUUAAUAGGUUUUAUUGUCUUUGUUGCUUUUGAGAUUACACACAAUGAGCAUUUGUUACUGUAGUGCGGAUGACUAUUGUGCAUAGGGAGAGAAAAUAAAUCCUAUUUAUUCAACCUAAACAAAAUCUAAUCUGAUUGCCUAAUCGAUAGGUUACCAAUUGAGAACAGCCAUUGAUUGAUAAGGUGUAGCAGCAUAUAAGGUAUUAAUUGUAAUUAUAAACCUAUUCAGUAUUGAUUUUGUUUUCAUAAUUGCAGUAGCCUAUAUAUAAUUAAUUAUACUGAACACUAUUAUUAUAUUUUUGUCUCAUUGUCUUCCAGGUCGUCCCUGUGUGGACUGUCAUGCAUUUGAAUUCAUGCAGAGGGCACUGCAUGACCUCAAGAAGACUGCUUUCAACCUCGAUGCCCAGGUAACAGUUCAUAUCCUUUUCUAUUUCAGUAACACCUUAUGUUACAGUGUAAAUAUUAUUGUAAGUACAGUGUAAUGACUAUUGCAUUUACUCAGUGCUUGAAGUGGGCUGGAGCUGUCCACCUCUAAUUUUCUAUAGAUUGAGAACUGGCACCUGCUAUAGAAUAGGCUAUUGGCUUUAAUAUAUUAUGAGUAACAGAACCUAAAUAUAAAGACUUCCAGCAUCCAAAACGAGUAUCAGCACCUAUUUCAUUCCACUUCAACCACUGAUCAGUGGCGUGUCCAGUACAUUUUGAAUGGGGUGGCCAAGGUGGGGCACAUACCCAGUUUAGGGGGGCCAUUUCACUUACAUUUACAUUUUAGUCAUUUAGCAGACGCUCUUAUCCUGAGCGACUUACAGGAGGAACUAGGGUUAAGUGCCUUGCUCAAGGGCACAUCGGCAUAUUCUUCACCUAGUCAUUUUUAACCUUAAUUGAUGCAAGGUGGAUUUUUCCAAUAUAAUUAUGAUGGUUCAACGCAUUAAAUGCUUCAGCUUAGGUUUGGGACAUUUCCCUGUUCAAGUAAUUCAUUUUUACAGUGUUUGCAUUCAAGCUCAGUAUUUAUUUCCGCAUACAGCAGUAAAUUCACUUGAAAGUGCCAUCCAGAGUGCGAAUUACACCAUGAUAUUUUGGGGUCUGUAUUUUUUUACAGGACAUUUUAAAAAUAGAAGGUUAAUUAGGUUACCUGCGUACGUUCGUCUACUCCGAAAUAAGUCCAUCAUCCGAAAGAGUGCAUUGUGCACCCGCCAUUUGAAUGGAAACUGAUAUAUUUUACAAACACCAUAAGUGUAUUGACAUUCAGCCUACAAAGUGGCUUGGAAACAUGGAUGCCAACGGAAGCCAGUCUUACCCCAACAUUUAAAAAAAUACAAAAAUAAACAAACUAAACUGAUUUCUCAUUCUUGUCUAUCCUUGUUUCAUAAGUUUCCUUCAAUUUGCAAGAGGCUGAAUCUAUUUCAUCAGAGAAAGCGUCAAACAGCGCCCCUUUGUCUUAGUAUCUGUAGCACCCGUAUAUGAUGGUGUAUGGCCAAAAAUAAUAUGACAUGUCAUACUCUUUUUGGACAGACAGCGUGGGUUAAACUUUGAGAUUAAUGAGUCUUGCUGUCGGUGCGCAUCUUGGUCAAAAAUUCCUCUGUACAGUUCUUCUAUAAGUUGCCUGCUGUUGUGCCCUUGAGCAAGGCACUUAACCCCCUACAAUUGCUCCAGGGGCGCUGCACUGCGGCUGACCCAUUCCUUCCAACCCCGCGGGUGUCUGUGUCUUGGGGGGUUGGAUUGUGAGCGUAAAGACACAUUUCUGUUCUCUAUAAGUUAAUGGACAAAGUAAAGUAUUAGCCUUGUUUAAAAGGUUUACUCAGACUGGUGCUCCCUAACAUGGCAUUGCCUCUAUUUCUUCCUAGACUGAGACCCUGGUGUUGAGGGCAGAGAGGCGAGCCCUGUGUGACUGCAUGCCCACUAAUACCCUGCGCUGA